UCUGCCUGUCUAAUUUGCAUAGCGAAAGCGUCGGCGCGGUAUGGCUGCCACUGAAAUGGCGGCACCCGUCACCGAGGUAAGUCCUUCGGUGCGUGUCGCGAACAGUGCUUCGGUUGAGAACGACACCGAGGUCGACCGCCAAACCCAGGCGGAAACGGGGGAAGCAGACGUCUGUGCGGUGCCGAAAAUGGCGGAGGACGGUGAGGCGGCGGAGCAGGCCGCGAGCAAGGCGCCGGCUGUGGCGGUGACACCCGCUGCCCAAGAUACCGAGAUGCCUCCGGCAGAACCGCAGCUGAACUCGGGGGAUAAUAGCCGUGACACGCUGAAAGGAGCUAAAGAAGAGCCCGGGGAGGAGAGCCGCUGUUCGGGUAUGGACUGCGACAAGACCAAAGCGAGUUGCGAAGACGACAAAGUGAACGGCGGCGAUGGAGAGCUGGGGGAGAAGAGGCGACCCAGCCUGGAAAUCUCAUCAUCGGACGGCGAACCGCUCAGCCGUAUGGACUCCGAAGACAGUAUAAGCAGCACACUGAUGGAGAUGGAGAGCACGGUGUCAAGUGGCCGCUCGACCCCGGCUAUGAUGAACGGACAGAGCAGCGCCAGCUCCUCGGCUGCUAAGUCUGUGGCUUACUCUUGUUGCUGGGACCUUUGUCUUCAGUACUUCAACUCCAGUCCAGAUCUUGCUGAGCAUAUCAGGGGCGUCCAUGUGGAUGGACAAAGAGGGGGGGUGUUUGUGUGUCGUUGGAAAGGUUGCAAGGUGUACAACACUCCCUCAACUAGUCAGAGUUGGCUCCAGAGACACAUGCUGACCCACAGUGGCGACAAGCCCUUUAAGUGUGUGGUUGGUGGCUGCAAUGCAAGUUUCGCUUCACAGGGAGGGCUGGCUCGCCACGUUCCCAGUCACUUCAGCCAACAGAGCUCUUCCAAAAUGUCCAGCCAAGCCAAACUCAAGGAGGAGUCACCCUCCAAGGCGGGCCUCAACAAGAGGAAGAAACUCAAAAACAAACGCAGGUGCUCCCUACCGAGGCCCCAUGACUUCUUUGAUGCUCAAACCAUGGAUGCCAUCCGUCACCGAGCCAUCUGUCUCAACCUUGCUACUCACAUUGAAAGCGUGGGCAAUGGCCACAGUGUGGUCUUCAACAGCACGGUGCUAGCCAAGAGGAAAGAGGGCUCAGGAAAGGUGAAAGUCCUUUUACACUGGACGCCUGAAGACAUUCUGCCUGACGUGUGGGUGAAUGAAACCGAGCGAUCUCAACUGAAGACGAAAGUGGUGCACUUAUCCCAGUUGCCGCAGGACACUGCCAUGCUGCUGGACCCAAACAUAUACAGAGCACUCCCACAGAAGAGACUGAAGCAGAGCCUGUAAGGAGUCGUCUCUGGACUUUUUCUAUUCCUUGCUCUUAGAAGUUUUUUUUGCUUUUUUUCUUAUUGGGAUGGGACACUCGUCGUUGUCGUUCUCUGCUGAGGAGUAAAGUGGUGAUACAUUGAAGUGAAACCGACUUUUUUGGGAGUAUUUCAGUUUGUCGCGUGUGGGACAGGAAACAAUAUGAACCCUUUUUUUCUUCAUCAAGAACAUGGAACUUGGAUUUUUUUUUUACCAAAAAAAAACCAAACACCCCCACCCCCCCGGCAAAAAUCUCCUGAUACCUUAUGGUGAAAAAACUGUUUGAUGCAACCUUGUCUAAACAAUAAUUUCUAGUGUUUUGUGUCAAUGACAUAUGCAAAUUUGUAACUUAUUUUUUUAUAACAAAAACGAUUGUCCAUGUUGUGGAUGUACAGUAUGUCAGCAUUUUCAAUGGAAUUACUGUGAUAAGCUACAGACAGUUAUAUUGUUAAUAUGUUGUGUGUGUGUGUGAAACAAGUCCAUACAGUAUUAUUUAUACUCACAAUAGGCAGUGGUUUUGAUUGAGUGGUUUUAACCCGUGGGGAAGUAUGUACACAUGUUACAGAAGCAAUAAUUACGCUGAUAGAAACUCCCGUGCAGCUCACAUAAGCCCUCUCCGCAUUAACAUUUCCAGGAAUUUAUUUACCCGGGUAAAAUUAUUCUCUGUAAUCUAUGAGGUUUACAUUUCCAUCACACUUCAAAGAUUCUGAAAAUGUAUUCAAAUUUGGUCCCUGUAGACUCACCCUGCAACUAGGUACUUUCCAGGGAAAAUGUGUGAUCAGGAGCUUUUUUUUUUUUUUUAUCCGGGUAAAUUUGGUGGAAAUGUGCCAGGAUUUUUCCAAAUUCCAGGUGGAGCCCUGCCGUGGUAAAGGGGCAAUACGGUCGGCUGCAUGACCGACAGGUCAGCACAGACACUCCAAACUGUGCCUCCCUGCUUGUAUAUUGUGUAAAUCCUUCUUGUCAUUACACUUACAAAUCAGCCAUCUAAGCACUUAAAAUCCUUUUUAAGCUACUUUUGUUUUCUACUGUGUGUUGUACCAUUUAAAUGGGUGUUUGUGUUUGGAAUAAAAUAAGGCACAAGAUACAUGCUGACAAAUGUAGGUUGUUUUUACAGAUGAGAAUGGGAGUGUAGAAGUGCCAGAAAGAAGCAAUACUUCUGUUGUGGUCUCAGUGAGUUCCUCAUGUUUACAUUGGCAGGAUUGGCUGCCUUAUUUGGCAUCCACUAGCCGAAAAAAGCUUUGGAGCCAUGCUGUGGAGAAGCUAAUGACUAGGCCAGCAGGCUGAAUCUCUGUCGGCCUCAGCUGAAAACGGAGUUCACAGAAAGGUCCACUUGCUUGCUCUCUCAAUUGGACUUCAUUGAAAUGUAGGGCUUAUGGAGUUGAUAAUGAAACCUUCAGGUGUUGGACUUUCAUUCAAGAAGGCAAGUUUUUUUGCUUAUUGUGUCUACUGUAUUUGAUAAUAUGAGGUUAAAAGUGACUUUAGGGGUGUUAUUUUAAGGCUCUAAUAAUGUGAAAGAACAUUUUUAGAAAUUCAUGAGCAGGUUUUCUAUGCCUUAACUACGAAAAUAUUAAUAUUAAAUCCUACUUUGUGGAAAUUCACCUAUCAAACCAAUUAAGUGGGAUACACGAGGGACAAUUGUAUUAUCUUUGCGUUUUAGGAAAACAAGAUAUACUACACACACAUCAGCUCUGACUUUGGAAAACAGUGAUUGACAGUGACCGCUAACUAUUUGUGUUUGACUCAUCUUCAAGAUUCAAGAGAGUUUUGUCGUGCAUAGUGAAACAGCAGUUAUACCAUGCAAUGAAAAUCUUAUUCUGUUCAUUCUCCCAAGAAAAGAAAGAAAACACAAGAAAGAAUAAAAACAUCUUGAUUUGGUCCUAUCCGAAUACUCGAUUAGUCAACUAAGGAAAUCAUGAAUGAACUAAGAAAAUAAUUGUUAGUUGCAGCCCUAACAUGAGCCGACUUACACCAAAACUGCACUUCACAGUCUAGGAACGGAACUCGUACGGAACCAGAGGACACCUGUACUCUGACUUGUUAUGAACUGACACAGUUACUUGACUGCAGUAUCCAAUCACUCAUUCUAUACUCAAGUCACUGCAGACAGUUCCAUUAAUUAUUCUUAGUCUUUUAUAUGCAACAUCAGUGGCCUGGAAACCUUGAGUUUGGUGACUGUUAUCGAAAAUUACUUCACACUGAGUAUGUCAAGGGAAGAGAAUUGUAGCUGUUGGAUAUAUUUACGUGUCUUCAAGAUUCAAGAGAGUUUUAUUGUCAUGUGCAUGGUAAAACAGCAGUUAUACCAUGCAAUGAAAAUCUUAUUCUGUUCAUUCUCCCACGAAAAGAAAGAAAACGCAAGAAAGAAUAAGAACAUAAGAAACAUAAACACAUAAACAUACAGUAUAUACCAAUGAAUUGAAUGUCUUGAAUGUCUCCACUUCAUUUGCACAUCGUGUUUUUUGACAUUUUGAAUACUGAAUUAUUUCUGAGGAUUUUGUGUACUUCAGCUCACAGAAUGAUUGCCAGAAGGAAGCAUGCUUUUUAAGUUGGACAGCCACAAUGCUCGCCAAAUCCUAAACGUUGUGUGUGUCAACCCUGGAGGAGGACCCUGGGAUACUUACAUCGGUUUGCAAAAAUCAUAAGAUGCAUACUUUUCUCUUCUUCUUUUUCAAAGCAAAAAGAAGAUGUGAACAUUUUGUUUGUCUUAUCUGAAUUGUCAUUUUGUUAUUUUCAUUCUUCCCUCUCUGAACUCUGUUUGGAAAAUGGUGGAUCUCUGAACUUCUAUUGUCCUGCUACUAAACUUUGGAAUCCAUUCAUUGCCCACAGAUGAGACGUAUUCACUCUCACCUGAGUAUAGCUGUCUUUAGUGUCCCAACUGUAAAACAGCCACUCUCCAUUCGUCACAGAGAGUGAGUCAUCAAAACGUGGAUGCUUUGCUUGAACACUCGACUAGUUUCUUAGGCACACAUAAUUUCUGUGAAAAAAAUGAAUCCUACAAUAAAAACAUUGUACCGGUGAUGCAUUAUCAUGUGACAUAGCGUCCCAGGAUGAUACAGUGCGAUCCAAAACUGAGCAUUACUAUCAUAAUCCUUGUUACAUCUUUUUUACUGGCUCUCAUUAGAUUGUGGUCAGUGAAAGAGAAAUUGUAUGCACUGGUGCAGUAUGUACACCAUUGACUGACUCCAAAUUGUUAGUGUGAAAAUCUAAACUCAUGAAUUGGGAGUGUGUAGCAAUUAUAUAACUCAUCAUUGUAUCUGACCUGCCUGUAUUAAUGAGCUAAUGUCAAGCUUUGCUAUUCUUGCCCAAGACUCAAUUGCUGCUCGUUCAGCACGCAGACUCAGCCACUGUGCCGGACGCCCCUUUAGCCAUUUACCCAGCAUCAUGCUCUCCCUUUCCGUGUUUUUUUUUUUUUAUUUUAUUUUUUUCAGACCGUGCAAUUGCAAUGGGUUUUAUUUACAGACGAUAUUUUGUCAUCAUCCAGAUUGUGUCAUCAGUGCUGUAACAAAGGCUAGUGCAGGGGAAACAUGGCAUUUCGGCUAUGACUUCUGUCUGCUGUGUUCUCAAGAUACAGCUUUUCUCCAAACAAUACAAAGGUACUUUUAGUUGUAUCAGGCAUUAAAAUGAACAAGAAACUGAGGAAACAAGGGUGGUCUAUCGUUUUUUCCAUGACUGUAUGGACGUUAGAUUGUAGUUAAUCACUCAGUCAGCUAAAUUGACAUUUGUUUACAUUCUCAAGACACGUGUCAUAAUUUCUAUAUUUCAAGGCAGUAUUACUGGUUUAAGGAGACUUCGAUUGAAGGAGGUGCGCCUGAUUGCUGGCCAACAUCAGUUUGGAAAAUGCGCCUUGAAUCUGGCUGCUGCACAGGAGGAUUCACGAGGGUCAAGGGCCUAUUGCAACAUGGCUGUGCAGUGAUGACAGAUGUAGAAAUACUUAGCUGGACCUGUUUUUUUUUUUGCAUGUGUGUGUAUGUCAGGCCCUCAGGAACAGUAAUUAGUGAAGGCUUAUUCACCAUGGCCAGCAUCAGCUUCUUGUUUACCUUGAGUGUCACAAAGCAAAUACUCUAUGCAUUGUACUCCUUUCUCAGAAGGAUGGAGGUCACCGUAUGGGAAGAAUGGGCUACUGCUGCUGCUGCUUCUGUUUAAACACUUUUGUAGCCUCAGGCAGACUGAAAUGUACUUCAGUGUGUUUCUACUGUGGUGUGCAGCAAAAACGGCAUGCGAUGCAGAUGGAGAGAACUGAGCUUUUUACGUUUUGAGUUUUAUUGAUCUGUUUUAUCUCCAUUUUACUGUGAGGUAUCAGUGGAGUAAGCGAGUUUCUCUGCUGGCUGAACCGGACCCCUCUUUUCUCUGAUGAUUAGAUACACUUAUCCUUGACAUGUAACUGGCCUGCUGUUCGCCGCCCAGCAGUUUGUAAGAAUUUCUCCAUGCUCAUCUCUUUGGUCCUCAUGUGAUUAUCUUCAGGAAAACAGCAGCAGUUGAUCCUACAUUUAUGUGUUUGUGUCUUUCACAGAGAACCCAGAAAAACCACAACUGUGAUUCACAAAGCACUCAGAUAAAUGCAUUGCAACGACCUCACCACUGUCUGAUGGGCUGUUGAAUUACUUGUCGGACAGUGACAAUUGCCUUUUAGGCACAGCAAUGCAGUAUGGCUGUUGAUGCUACCGGACUUUGUCUCGUUCAUAGCGACUUUUGAGGAGUGUAUGGAAGGGGCUUAAAGCAUGCCAGUCGGGAUUUGAUAGGUCCGUUUUUGUUCUCCUUCACUGCUGAACUAAAGCUGGGCCUGUCAAAAUAAGUAGCAAAUCAAUUCACGGCACGAAAAAUAAAACCGAACUGGAUAAUUUUGCCAUCCUCACUGUUUUUACACGUGCAUCCGUUUUUGUUUUCCUCCUCGCUCUCCGCCAAUCAGGCUGGAUGACAAGACGGUUCAGUCUGUGCAUCUGUCUCAAUACCUGGGCAUGUUGGUUCUAUAGCGGAAUGAACAGAGCGAACCCUCCUGUAAGUCUUGCAGUCUCUUUGUCCCAGUAAGGAGAGGUGCGCCACGUGCUAGCGAGUGCACUACUUGCUAGCUGUGUGUCGUGUGCUACACCAUCUGAUAACUUACUUCAUGCCUGUUGUGCAUAAAACAUGAUCUGAUGUCAAUUUCAUCCCGUGCAUUUCAGGUGGUUGAGAAGAAGUCCCACAUGAUCAACACCAUGAUUGUUUACAAGUGAGCUCAGGGGAGGUGUGCAGCACACACCACAGUACAGAGCUUGCCUCAUUGGAUAGUUUUUAUUUUUAAUUAUUGGUUAUUAUUGGAGCUAAUUUUAAUCUUAUCGGCUUUAUCCGUAUGACGUCAUAAUUCACCAUAGUCAUAGUCAGGACAAAAUUUAACAUGCACGGAUUUUGGAGACUCAAGUGGAAUAAAGACUGCAGUGAAAGAGUUUCAUUUUCCAAAAUACUGUAGAUGAGUACAAGAUAUAAUAUUGUCAGACUGCGUGUCCCAGUCAGAUAUCGUGCAAAUGAAGCUUUUGGCCUGAGCUUGUUUGAGGCAGCUGACUCACCAGGUUUGUUUUUGGCUGCCUGCUCUGGUAAGAUUAGCUAAGGUACUGGCGACCGGUUGUUGUAGCCGCAUCUCUUACACACAUGGACAUGUCACGCUAAAUCUGGUUUGGUUGCUCCCUCUUCUGCGAAACGUUCUCAAUGACAGCUGCAUUUCCAUUUGUGACGAAAACUUGAAGUCUUUAGUUGAGGAAACAAUGGUCCUACAUGAGAAAGUGUUGUCGUAUUACUUGUCAGUGUCGGUCAUGUUCUCUUCAGCAGGAUGCAACCAAUGACAUUAGGGAUCACAUUUAAAUAGAACAUGGCAUGUCUUGACAGUGUCCAGUCCCCAGAUGGAUGCUGUUCCAAGCGUUGUGUCAUUGCUGGCCAGGUUAUGUAACCUUCACCUCAGCAUGAAAUGUUUGACAUGUGCACAUAUCAGCGUUGAAAAAAGGCAAGAUGACAAGCUGCCUCCUGUUCUCAGAGGGAGUGCAGGAGAACACUGAUGAUGAAGGCUGAGCCUUGGAGGAGGCGAGGGGAGCACCACGCGUGCAGAGGGACCUUUUGUAGCCUCUUGCCUCUCAGGGCUCCUUUGGCCUGUGGAUAAUUGAUGAGUAGAGUGAAUAAGAGAUGCAUUUGUGACUGUCAGCCAGCCUGAUGGGGACAGACACAACUCAAGUUUGGCUCUCCUCAUCUAGCUGAUGAUGACAAUGAUGAGGACAAUGUCCGUGUUUCUUCCUCGUACUCUUGGGCCGGUGGAGCAUCAACGCUGUCAUCGACGCUCUACCUCUUUAAGAGGGCCACAGAGGGUUGGCCUUGACAUGAAAAGGCCAGGAGAGGGUCAAGUGCAGAGUUAGUGUGUCGAGCAGGUGAAGAGUGUAGAGAUUUAGGAUGGUAAUAGGAAUCACAAAAGAAAUAAAACUUAGUGUGUUAGAAAGAGUACAAACAAUUUGACUGGACCAGGAUAUUGGUUGACCUCACCAUCCCCCAGCAUACAUUCUUAAAACCUUCGCAUUCCAGGAUUUUUUGGUUAUGACCCAUAAAAUAGUCAUACCCACUGUAAAAGUAAGCUGUCAUUGAACCAUUUGGAGACGAGGAAUGGCUACGGGCUCUUUAAAAGCAAGCAAAAUGUUUAUUUUAUUCCCAGCUGUCAGAAUGUGAGUUUCAAAACACUGAAAAUGAAGGAUUUUUACACAGGUUGGUCUGAAAUUAAGAUCAGGCGUUCCAUUUGGAGACCCUUAGUCAAAGUCUUGAUUAACCUCAUAGAAACAAGGAUGAAGACGACUGUGACACGAGACUUUUGCAUCGCAUCCGCGCAUGUGAACUCUGUGGAACACAUACACAGCGAUGAACGCGCACUGAUACGAUGGGAGAGAAAGUAACGCAGAGCGAUUGUGAGGUCAUUUUUUUCCAUGAGGCAUUUUUGUGAUGCAAAUGUUUUCCUCUGUUGAACGCAUGUUGUUUUGAGAAGCCAAACUCUUUACUUAAGUGUCCCCACCAACUAACCGGAACUGUGUUCCUCAUCACCGAAAUCUGACCAGAACUCAGCUCACGGGACAAAGUGGGGGAAAAGUCAUAGUUGAUGCACUACACUGCUGAUGGGGAUGUCAUACAACUUCAUGUCAAAAAUCCAAACUAUCCCUUUCAAAUCCAAGGCACUGCUGGCACUGUUAUUCCACUGGCAGAAGAGCGCUCUGCCUUUACUAAUCAUUGUUCCACCGCAGUCCAGGGGUUGUGACCCUUACUGUGCUUGUGGGCUUUCCUCUGAGAUUGAUGUGACAUGUACAUGUAUGUGCGCAGAUGAAAAAUAUUCAUGAUAUACCUCUGUCAAGUAGGAGCCAGCAGCUUGGUGCAAUACACCUUGGUUGCCUUCCAACAAAGCUGUACAGAAAAGAGAGUGGUCUCCAUUGCUACAGUACACUGUUGGUUACAUUUACAUAAUGUAUGUCCAUGAGUGUUAAAAUAAAGUACAGGCAGUGCUCGGUUUAGGAUGCUCCGUGUUACGACGUUUCAUGGUUAGGAAUGUGCUGGCAUAAAUGAAUUAAAAACUUACGUUUGGUCUGUAGACACAAGACUUUGCCACACACGGGAAUGCAGUGUGUGCAUUUGCAGCCACAGUGAGGAAACUUUUUACACUUCAUUGUCUCUCAAGGAACAGUGCAACAAAGAAAAGGAAAGUCAUCACCGUGGAAGUGGAAAUGAGCGUCGUAGAAGGCUCAGGCAGAGGAGACGCCACUCUUUUGGUCUCAAUCGCUCGACCGUCACGACCAUCAUUUACUCAUUCAAUCCCAGCCGUUUUUUUUAAAGACAACCCCUUCAGUAGCGGCCAUUUUAGACGAUUUUGACUGAUCUUUCAAGGCACACGGAAUAUUGUGUUCUAUGGCUAUGUAAACAUGAAACCUACCAAAUGAAAGAUUAGACUCCCUCCUGUCUUUCAUCAGAAAAAAAGUGUAUUUGUAUCGUUUUCAGUUCGUUAGUAAUCAGCAGUGGAACAUACAGUACAGUAGGUAAGUUUCAGGAAAAUAUCAGUUUGCCACUAGAAAAGGGAGAAAAGCAGCUUUGUGUUGAUACAUUUCAAACAUAACUUUCACUUUGACACAUAUUUUGUGCUUUUGUGACAGCUCAAAUAUCUACACAAGUAUACCAACAUAAAAAAACACAAAAAAUGGGUUGUUUUACAUCAAAAUAAUUUAUUUACAAAUAUAACAUAAAUGUAAAGAUACGAUUUUCACAUUUGGAACUGAACAAAGUAAUUUCCUGGGUCGCCUUUUUAAUAACCAUUCAGCUGUUGUGGAGACAAUUUACAUGUCAAUGUAUUCCCUCAGCGAGGGAUUACCGACAGAAAUUGGACAUGUUAGAGAUUUGAUAGAAAGUGGUGUUGUACAAAUGGCCCCUGAAGAAAUCUCUUUUCUGUCCCUGACAUGAAUACUGAUGCCAGGUUUUCAGCGUCCGUGGUUAACUGCUGCAAACAUGUACAGUACACCGCCAUGUGGCUAAGAUGUUCUACGGGUUCAGGACGAUACUUGGAGUCAUCUUGUAAGGGCAUUGCUAAUUUUCAUGCGAUAAAUGUGAUUGAGAUUUAAUGUAAUGUGAUGAUGUACUCUUUUUAUUUUUCUACUAAAACCAUGAUUACCUUAAAAUCAUGCUGGCCACUAGAAAGAGUGUAUCUGUCAACCUUCUAACACAGCGUUAUUGGCCCACAGCACAUCCUAAUGUAUAUUUUUUAAGAAAAAAAAAUUACCCAGAGCCCAAAGUUUCUCAAAAAAAGUCCGUAGGAGGACGUGGGUUGCUGAAGAUUGGUAGAAAACAGUUAUUUAUUUUAUUAUUUUAUUUCUGUUCAGCCACCAUGUCUCCGUUGGUGUGUGGCAACAAACUCAUUUCAUUUUAACAAGCUUCAUUUCCAUCAUUUGGAAAAUGGAACAAAAGACGAAGACUCUUGUAAGUGUAUUUUCAGAGGAAGAAAAUGUACCACUGUUGGAGGGAUGCCACGAAACACUCGGCUCACAAGACGACACGCUGCACCAGAUUGGGUCUACGAGAACGAGAUGAGUCGAGCUUUUCGCUUUACUUUUCAGAAAAGUACAAUGAAAACAUAAAAAACAUAUGACAAAUUACAAUAUAUGAAUAUAAUUUCUACUACGCUACACUCUUUUGCACUCACUCUGUUCAUGCCAUUGUUCUAUGGCACAAGUGCGCCGAGGUGCUGAAACCAAUGCACAGAGUGAACUUUCUUCCUGCCGGUUUGGAGGCGAGAGAUGAGGAAAGCAGACAUGCAUGCACAUGGCAAAAUAUAGAAGCAGGCAAAAUUAUACAGUUAAUUUUCAUUUAUUGUGUGAUUUAUUAUCAUACCAGGCCAAGUGGCCACGAGAUCUUGCCGCAUUUUUGUCCUUUUGUCCACAUUUUGGCCUUCUGAUUUGAAUAAAUAUCCUGAACUUGAAGGUGCGGGGGAAACACAAACCACACAUUAUCCAGGAUUCUUUUACCCGGGUUGAAAAACCCAACAAUUCAUCAAGUCCCGGCCCACUGUGUUUUUCUUACUACUAAAAAGCGCCUGUUUAAGUUGACGUAAAAUGUGAGAUCUAAGGGGUCAUUUCUAUGCAAAUGGGUCAAUUUAUGUCGAGGUGUUGUCGUAUUGUUAGCUUCAUCAUUAUCACUAAGCAGCCUGAAACAACAGCAACAUAACUACUGUCUCGUUUCUACUUACAUUUUGGUAUUAUCCUGGGACCUUUUGAACUUUAUGACUUCCCUCACAAAAAUCAAAUCUAACUACCAAAGGGAUGCUUAAAGUCAUGUGUUUACUUUUACGGAACCAGUCUGCUAUUGUCUCAACACAUCCCAUUCACCCACAAUG